GCGCAAAAGUCCAACCGAUCGACAAAUGCGUUCGACUGCGUCAAUGACCUCCACAAUUAAAGUUGACGACAUUACCAAUCUGGUGUCUGUACUAGAAAGUACAGUUUUAAAGACACUGCGUCUCGAGAUCCCUACCAUCAUCCAGCAACAUCUUGAAAGAUCUUUCGAUGCAAACCAGGCCUUCACCAAUACUCCAAAUUUGGAGAAUUCAAUAACAUCAUUGAAAGAGUCAAUAAACGAGAUAAGAUCUGAAGUAACAUCCUUUACUGAAAUCAAAAACGAAAUCCAUGAAAUCAAAAUAAGCCAGGAUUUCGUGUCGAAAAAAUUCGACGAGUUGAGAUCAAGCCAAAUCGAACUCAACAAAACUGCAACCAAAACAAAAAAAAGAGUUAUGGAACUUGAAAAGCUUGUGGAAGAGCUAGAGGAAGAAGUAGAUAUACUAACUGAGAGACAACAGGACCAAGAACGUCGUUCCAGGCUGGCCAAUCUGGAAUUUCACAAUAUUCCUUAUUCGAACGGGGAAAACUGUGAAAAUCUAAUCUCCAAGAUAUGUGAGAAAAUUAAUGUUCCUCUGAAAUCCUUUGACAUCUCCAAUUGCCAUAGAAUGUCAAAAAACAAUAAGAAAAAGCCAUCACCAAUAAUUGCAAAUUUUAUAAACAGAAAAACAAGAAACCAAAUAUUGAAGAAUCGACGUAGACUGAAGUCCUUAGACAUUUCUACAGUUUUCCCGAGCUUUUCUAGAUCCACCAAAAUCUUUGUCGUAGAAAAUCUAACCGACACGAACAAAGAUUUAUUUUUCAAAGCUAGAGAUCUGAAGCAAGCCUGUGGCUAUAAGUUUCUGUGGACUAACAAUGGCAAAGUGCUCAUUAAAAAGAAUUCAGACACUCCUACCAUCCCAAUCAUUACGGAGGAGGAUCUACUUUUCAUAAAACUUGGGCAUGUGGCUCUGCCAUUACAUGAAUGCAUAAGUCUGUACAGCUGUAAGUACGUUAAUCUAAAGGCAUAUUAUUGAAUAUUUUUAAUAUUAUUAUCUUAUCAUACAUGCCUUUUCAUCUCACAUUAUGUAGUGUUGCUUACUUCCUCUGUCGAUAUAAUCAUUUCACUUGUCAAAUUUAAAUAUUAUUGAUGUCUCUUUAACUCAUAUAACGAAUUCUCCCCUUUUCUGGUUGCUAACUAGUAACUACGCUAUACGGCGUCAUGUUAGUCAUGAAAUUUCUUUGUUGUUUUUACGCUCACCCGAGCAUGACAUUAUAAAGCAAAACUGACUUAAUCAGUCACUCUUUCCCGAUUGACUUGCAUCAUAUUUACUUUUUAUUUCCUGAAUUAAAUUCGCUCAGCAAGUCAUGAUGAUAUCAUCCAAUUCAUA